UUAAGUUCUGGCUUAAAGUUGAGAUCUUUUCGGAGUUUCGCGUCGUGGGUUUCUUCGAAGAAGCGAAAAUGGCGAAGGAUGGACCGAACUGGGAAGCGUUUCUCGAUUGGCGUCUCUCCCUUUCCGAUGGUGCGAGCCCUUCUCACCGUUGGAGCGAAGAAGAUCGGAGAUGGUUCAUAGAAGCCAUGCAAGGGAAUAUGAAUGAUGAAAUCUCCCGCAUGAGAGAGGCAUCACAAAUCACGAAGACGCCUGACCAUGACAUCGAGACUCGAAUGCUUACCUUUGAAGACUUCACUCGAAUUCGGACAAAAGCAGCUGAUUUCGUGACGGCGAUCAUCCAGAAUAGUCCGCUGGCUCGAAGUUUUGUCAUGGAAACAAAUGGAUUCGAGAUCUUCUUUGCCAGAUAUAUAGUUAAGCCUGACAUAAUAGCUGAGAUGAAAUCCAUCGGGGCAUUGUCCUCUCUCGUCCGUCAUAACGAACCCGAAAUAUUGGCUUCCCGUCUUGCAAAUGGUUAUGCCGCCUUACGAGACUAUAAGAUCUCUCAGGGUUUCGAAUUGCAAUUAAGAGCCCUAGGCUUCAAUUGGACUAUUCUCCGGGAGAGCAACUCAGGCCGCAACAUCGUCGGGGAAUUCGGGUUCCCUUGGAUAGCGAUCCAUCUCGCUCGGAUAAUGAUCCAGCUUGUCUCUAACGAAGACACGGAAAUCCGGGAAUUCGCCCUCAGAGGCCUGAAUGAGAUCGCCCGUGAUGGAUCUGACAAUGAAAACCUCAAAAGACUCGGGGGAGUGUUGGAUAUAAAAGAGCUUCUCGAGGGGAGAAUCCGAGAAAUCACGGCAAUGUUACCUAAAGGCAAAUCAGCGUCAGAUGUCGAUGAAGCACAGCUUGCGGAUUGCCUUUGGGCCAAACUUUACGGGGCGGUUUGCUGGUAGGGGUUCGGUUAUGUUCGGGUUUAGUGAAACUAUGAUCAUUCAGUUUUUGUAUUGACCCGGAUUUUUGUUGAUGCGAAUUACGGCAGUUGAUGUCUUU